AUGAAGAUGAACGAGCGCUACCUCUUAAUUUUAUUUUCCCAACACGGUCUUGCUCAAGUUUGCUACUUCUUCGGCGAUAAAACAAAGACCUUCGAGACGAGUCCUGGUUACAAGCCAUGUAGCUCCAAGAUCACGGCUUACUCGACCUGCUGCGAUUUCGGGAAUGGCGAUAAAUGUCUGGAAAAUGGCUUGUGUUUACAGUCCGAUACUAAAGAGACUGGAGUUAUGUACCGCGGUGGCUGCACCAAUAAGAAUUGGGACAAUUGCCCUGAUAUUUGUCUGAGAGUUAAUACAGGGGGUGCAGAGCCACUCAGACAGUGCUCGUCCAAGGACUAUUGUUGUUGGAGUGACUCAAGAGGAUCAAACUGUUGUAACCUCGAAGGGCGACAAUUCUCAGUCACAGACGGUCCGCAUGUUAGCCGUCGCAAGACCCCUGUUGCAGCGAUAGCUGGCGGUGUUGUUGGAGGAGUAGUUGUUAUUAUUGGUCUACUAGGUCUCUGUUGGUGGUGGUUUCGUCGCAGGAGAGCAUCGGUGAACGGGAAGGCCAAGAUUAAUAACAAUGAAUGCGAGAAGAGGGAUAAAAGUACCACAACGUUCAACCCUGCACUCGCAGAAGUUGACGCCGGUCCUGGAAGUGUGCUUGUGGAGUCAAAUGCGAGGGUCCUUCAGCGAAAGACAGUUCAUGAGCUACCGGCAUAG